AUGCCUAUCGCACUUACACCACCUCCGGUUCCUGAGGUCAAAACCCUCGGAGAUGCCAAGGCUCAAUCCGCAAACAAGAGAAAGAUUAUCUGCUUUUCAGACUUCGAUGGCACAAUCUUCAUGCAAGACACCGGACACGUCCUCUUCGACAACCACGGCUGCGGCUCCACACGAAGAGAGGUGCUAGACGAGCAAAUCAAGACCGGCGAGCGAUCCUUCCGGGACGUCUCGGAGGAAAUGUGGGGAUCUCUAAACGUCCCCUUCGAAGACGGCUUCCAAGUCAUGGAGAAGUCCCUCGAGAUUGACCCGGACUUCCAGAGCUUCCACGACUACUGCCUCAAGAACAACAUCCCCUUCAACGUCAUCUCCGCCGGUCUCAAGCCCAUCUUACGGAGAGUCCUCGACACCUUCCUGGGAGAAGAGGCCUCGUCACACAUCGAAAUUGUAGCCAACGACGCGCAAAUCUCGGCCGAUGGCUCCGAGUGGAAGCCCAUCUGGCGCCACGACACGGAGCUCGGCCACGACAAGGCGCAGUCUAUCACGGAGGCCCGUAAGGAGGCCGAGACCACGUGCGACGACGGCACAGUCCCGCUGAUCGUGUUCAUCGGCGACGGGGUGUCGGACCUACCGGCGGCCCGGGAGGCCGACGUGCUGUUCGCGCGGCGCGGCCUGCGCCUCGAGGAAUACUGCCAGGAGCACAGCAUUGCGUACAUCCCCUUCGACACCUUCGCCGACAUCCAGCGCGAGAUCGAGCGCAUCCGGCUCGAGGACGAGAAGAAGACGGGCGGCAAGGGCGUGCCUAACGCCGUGCCGAGAUACGUUCUCAUGUCCCCGACUAAGGAGGACAAGAUGUUCCUCUGGCCCGAGGCCUUCUCCGAGCUCAAGAAGCCCGAGGUCGAGGUCACUGAGACGCCUAUGCCGACGGUCCAGGAGCAUGCUCUGCAGCAUUCGGUGCAGAGCGCUGCUUAG